UCUCCUUAUUUGGUCCUCCAGGUGAUAAGGCCGAGACAUAAAAGAGGCUGGGCCCUGUGACGGCCGAUGACAGCAGCCAGGCCGCUGUGGAGAGAGAAUGGCCAGCAGGAAGGCGGGGACCCGAGGCAAGGCUGCAGCCACCAAGCAGGCCCAACGUGGCUCUUCCAACGUCUUUUCCAUGUUCGAACAAGCCCAGAUCCAGGAGUUCAAAGAAGCCUUCAGCUGCAUCGACCAGAAUCGUGAUGGCAUCAUCUGCAAGUCGGACCUGAGGGAGACCUACUCCCAGCUCGGGAAGGUGAGUGUCCCGGAGGAGGAGCUGGACGCCAUGCUGCAGGAAGGCAAGGGCCCCAUCAACUUCACCGUCUUCCUCACGCUCUUUGGGGAGAAGCUCAAUGGGACAGACCCCGAGGAAGCCAUCCUGAGUGCCUUCCGCAUGUUUGACCCCAGCGGCAAGGGGGUGGUGAACAAGGAUGAGUUCAAGCAGCUUCUCCUGACCCAGGCAGACAAGUUCUCCCCAGCCGAGGUGGAGCAGAUGUUCGCACUGACUCCCAUGGACCUGGCAGGGAACAUCGACUACAAGUCCCUGUGCUACAUCAUCACCCAUGGGGACGAGAAAGAGGAGUGAAAGAGGGCAGGCCGUGGGGCACCUCAAUAAACUCUGUUGUUGAAUUAGAA